UACAUAUGGCAGCCUUAUAUGAAUGGGAUUUUCUCAGUGCACACAAGUUGUCAGGACAAGGAGAGGGGAGUACUCCUGUAUCUAUAUAUUGCUGCAUGUGUGCACACUUCCACUUGGAGUUAUGCUGAGUGAACAAAUAGGGUGACUCGCAUGAAAUACCAAAUCUAUUUGCUUCACCUGAAAAUUAAGGGAUGCAGAAAAGAAUUCUAAGCUUGUGUGACAAGCCGUGAGAGAGAACGCUUAAGGAAUAAGGAAGUUGAGAAAGAACUAAAAGGAGUAAGAAUAGCUGUGAAUUCCAGCUCAACUGCUACUCUGAUUGUUCUUCCUUUGAACUUGAUUUCUCUUUGGUAGCUUCAUGUCUAAAGCCAUGGACAAAAAAAUUAAAAACUGGCUGUUCCUUAUCCUGCUGCAUGCCACUAUUGAAUUCAGUGAGGGAUGCUAUUGUGACCAUUACCCAUGGACUUCCUGGUCCAGUUGUUCACAAACUUGUAACUAUGGGAUUCAAAGCAGGUAUAGGCAAAUACAAGUAGAUGAGUAUUAUAGGAAAAACUUCUGCGAACGACUUUGCACCUCUCAGGAAUCCAGGGCCUGCAACCAACAUAUGUGUCCAAUCAACUGCCAAACUGGAGACUUUGGUCCUUGGUCAGAAUGUGACCCAUGCAUUAAGAAACAAUUUCGCACCAGAUCCUUGAUCCAACCCUCUCAGUUUGGAGGGCGACCUUGCAGUGAGCAGCUGGUAGAGUCCCGGAGGUGCUUUCCCACCAAACUUUGCAACAUAGAGGAAGUCAACUGUGGGAAUAAGUUUCAGUGUGAUAAUGGCCGCUGCAUCAGGCAAAAUUUGGAGUGCAAUGGAGAAAAUGACUGCGAGGAUAAUUCAGAUGAAAGAAACUGUCAUCGUGUACGGCCAGUGUGUAACAGAAGACAUGAAAGCCUUCCUGGUGUUACAUUAAUGGGCCAUGGCUUUCACCUUUUGGCAGGAGAGAACCGAGGAGAAAUCCUCAGUAGCUCAUUCUAUGGAGGUAAAUGCACCCUUGUCAAGAGUAACGACACACGAAAAGUAUUCCGGGUUCCUGCAAACGUGGAAACUGUCAGCUUUCAGGUGGAGAAUGAAGAGGAUGAGGUGACAUCUGAUUUUUACAGUGAUUUAAUCCCCCUAGAUUCUGCUUCCUCUAGACAAAGUUCUUCUUCUAGCUCAGGAAGAAGUUCUUCUGGAAUCCCACUGCUGUUCUCGAAAAAGAAAAAAGUCAGGAUCACUUCUUCAACUUCCUUCAAAGAGGCUGUGCAAGCUUCACAUAAAAAGAACUCCAACUUUAUUAGGAUCCAUAAGGUGGUUGCAGUAUCGAACUUCACAAUGAAGCAGGCAGAUUUGCAGCUGUCUGGUGUCUUCUUGAAGGCCCUCAACAGCCUGCCUCUGGAGUACAACUAUGCUCUCUACAGCCAAAUAUUUGAUGACUUUGGGACUCAUUACUACGCAUCUGGUUCCAUGGGUGGCACAUAUGACCUCCUCUAUCAAUACAGUGCUGAAGAACUGAAAAACUCAGGUUUGACAGAGGAAGAAAUGAAUGAGUGUGUCCGAACAGAAACAACCAGACGUGUCUUUUUUCGAAAGAAGAAGACAGUCAGUACAAAAUGCACCAACAAUAAAAUGACUGUUCGACAUGAAGGUUCAUUUUUGCAGUCAUCUGAAAAAUCUAUAUCAUUAGUAAAAGGUGGGAGGUCAGAAUAUGCUGCAGCUCUUGCCUGGGAGAAAAAUGGAGCUUUGCCUGAGCACAUUGCAUAUACGAAUUGGCUGGAAUCAACCAAAGACAAUCCAGUCAUCGUUGACUUUGAGCUGGGUUUCAUUUUGGAUUUGGUGAAGAACUUUCCAUGUGCAGUAACCAAGCGGCGUAAUCUCAGAAGAGCUCUUAUUGAAUACAUGGAACGAUUUGAUCCUUGCCGAUGCAAGCCCUGCCCCAACAAUGGCAGGCCAGUGCUAUCUGGAACCGAAUGCCUCUGUGUGUGCCAGGCUGGGACUUAUGGAGAUAACUGUGAGCUAAGAGCACCGGACUACAAAUCUGUUGCUGUUGAUGGUUAUUGGAGCUGUUGGUCUGCAUGGAGCUCUUGUGAUGCUUCUCAUAAGAAACGUAGGACCAGGGUUUGUAACAAUCCUGCACCCCUAAAUGGAGGCAAGCCAUGUGAAGGUGAACAGGAGCAAGAGGAAGAGUGCUACUUUUCCAUAUUUGCUGACAUGGGGGCCUUGUGUAUAAAUGAUGACGAAGCGAGAAAAGAGAGUGACAUUUUAGUCAUUCAGCCUGAAUCGGGGUGCACUAAACCAGAUCCUCCAGAAUUUGGAUUCAUCAGGAAUGAAAAGAAUCAUUAUGCUGUUGGUGAAGAUGCUGAGGUUGUGUGCUUGAGUGGAUACAAUCUAGUAGGCUAUCCAUUCUUCCGCUGUCUGCCAGAUCAAACAUGGGUACAGAGGCCUGUUGAAUGCCAAUUGUCUGUUUGUUCCAGACCAGCAGCAUCUCAGGAUGUCUCCAUUUCCCCAUUUAAAAGUGAAUACAACAUUGGGGAAACUAUCCAGCUUAGGUGUCCUGUGACUUUUGUGUUAAAUGGCCAAAGCAAAUACACUUGUGGUCAGGGGCCAUCAUGGAAACCUUCCAUUUUGAGACUACUUACUUGCGAAAGAGCUGAUUACAUUCAAAACCAAGGCAGCUGCAGUCCAGGCCAAAAGCUGGUUGGAUCUCAGUGUGUGUGCAUGUCCCCAACAGAGGAUUGUCCCCACCACUCUGAAGAUAUUUGUGUACUGGAACCAGCUUCUGAACAAAUGCUUACAAAGCCCAGCUGCCAGUUCUUGGCAGAGAAAUGUUUGAGAGAACAUUCCUUCCAUUUCCUGCAUUCUGGCCCCUGCCGAAGUGACGUUGACUUGAGUUGGGCCAUGGAAAGGGUCAAAAUCUCUACGGACAGCAUAAAGAAGAAGCCCUGCGGUUAUGAUUUGUGCUAUGACUGGGAGGAAUGUUCAGAGUCACGUUUAGAAUGCUUCUGCCUGCUGCCAAACCAAUGCCCACGAAACAAUGAAGAACAGCUUUUCUGCAUCCAAACUAAGUCAAGAAGUACGACUGUCAACCUCUGUAUGCUGGCAACAAUGAAGUGCUCUAAAAGAAACUUUGAAGUACUACAUGAAGGAAGAUGUUAAAACUGAAAGCCAUUAAGCUCAGCAAUGGACUGUCUGCUCUUCUACUUGCUGUUUUUGAUGUGUAUUUAUCUUGCUAAUAGCACACCACUUGACCAAAGAGCUGAUAUAACACAGCAACCUAAAUAUUUUAGCUGUCUGGUCCCUUAUGUUCUACAGAAUGAUAUACUAAAAAUUGGCUACAACUCAGUGGCAGGCCAUGUAUGCAGAGUUCAGAAUGUUACUUUUUAGGCUACAAUUUCUAGAGUCCCCUAGUCUGUAUGAAAGCAAGGUUAGAAAGACGGCAUCCUGAGACCUUGGUGAGAACCACCACCAGCUGACACAGAUAAUGGUGAGCCUUAUUGACCACUAGCAGUGCUUGCUGUAAAGCAGCAUCAUUCUAAAUUCAUAAAAUAGAUUGAGGGUUAUUCUGCAGAGGUGGGAAAAUGCCAUUGCCUUGGGGGGCAGCACUAUGGCUGUUGCUGCUGCCAUUUUGCAUGCAGGCAUUACAAAGGCUUUUUGCCACUUCACUCAAAAGUUCAUAUACAAUACAUAUUGACCCAUGGAUAAAUUUACUCUUUUUUGGUGGCCAACCUCUAGGCUUAUACAUGAAUAUAUACAUAUUGCAUUGUCAGAAACAAACAGUGUGGAUCUGUGUUCCACACUGGACUUCUAUAUGAUUUCUGAAAUAUCACCACUAUACACUCAACAUUAAUACCUGUAACUAGGAUCCAUUUGGCAAAAAUUCCAGGAGCUAGGUUUCUGUUCUGUUAAAACUUAACUAAUGCAAAUAAAUGUCUGUUCAAAAA